AUGCCGAGGGUGAGAUUCGUUCCUGCCAAUGAGAAGCCACCGAUCCACCACAAACAUGGUGGUGGCACAAAAGUUGGCCGAAAAAAGAAAGUCGUUGUACUGUGGAGUUUCAGACCUGUAAAAAGCCUUAGAUUUUCGCCAGUUAGAUUCUUUCGUGGCAUCGGAGCAAAGGUGGUGAGAGCUCUGCAGUUUGUGUCUACUAGAAAACGGUAUUCGCGUAAAAUUUCUUUGUCUAGUUUGGUAGGAUCAUGUUCAUAUGCUGAAAACCUUGAUUCUCAGCGGGCCGAGGCUAUAAAGGAUUGCAUCGAGUUCUUGAAAUCCUCUUCAUCUUUGCAAAGAUCAGUUGCGAGUUCCUUCUAG